UACGCCUUGAUCCACCAAGAUAUCUACAAUGCAAUGAAACAUAUGAUAGGCUAUGGAACCUCAGCUGGGAAUGUCCACAACCCCCUUAUAUCGCAGGAAAUAUGGAGUACCAAGUAUUCUACAAGCCCAGCACAGAUUCAUGGGAGGUAAGAAAUUAAUUGUAUUCCAACUGGAGUCAUUGGAGUAAUGACAUACAUUGUAAAUAUUCACAGUACAAUAUAUUCUAUUGUCUAGGUCACUGGUAUUGAAAAACAAAACAGUUUGGGUCUCGUUCUCAGCCAUACUAUAUAUAGAAUAUUCCAAUGAACUGUGCUGUCAGUAUUAAAGAGAUAAUAUAGUAACCAGAACCACUACAGCUUAAUGUAGUGGUACUGCUGUCUAUAGACUGUCCCAGCAGUAUGUUUAAUGUAAAUUCUGCCUUUGAUUCAAUACAUCUCUGUGAGGAGAUGCUGACUGUUGCAGUGUGGUGUUUUGCCCAAAAGCCUUCCAACUCCUGUGGGGAAGCAUUAUAUUGGUUGAGAUCAUUAUUGAUUAUCUCAUUCAUGGAGGUGGAGAUGCGGUAAACUCACCUUGUAAUUCUACAGAGAGUGGCGCUGGUCACUUAAAAAUGUAUUCCAGCACUGUAGUGUUAGGAAUACAUGUUUUUAUUCCUGAAGCUAUAGGGCUUCUUUAAGUACAUAUUAAGAAUGCAAGGAACACUUAUUUUUUAAUGCAUUAAAUCAUUGUAGUUAAAAAAGCAAUGUGUUUGUAUUCAUAUUUUUUUAAUUUUGUUUGAAAAAAACUAAAUACAGGCACAACAAAAAUGUUGCAUACAAUAUGAAUUGUCAAUCCAUGCAAAACAUAUAUUGUUUAAAAAGGGAAUUGAGAUACCACAUAUGAUAUAAAACAUAAUAAUAAGGCAUAGUAAAAAAAAGAAAAAGAAAAACAGUUAAACCAAACUUGCACAAGCCAUUUGAUAAAGCAGCAGCGGGUAAGUACAAUAAUCAAAAUAUCUGGCAGAGGUGAGUAGUGAGUAAUAAACUAGUACCAAAGGCAAGAAUGCUCAUUAGGCGUUCUUCCACAUCCUCUUCAAAUGGACUUGAAUGGAGGAAUCACUUCCAUGGAGACCAGAUGGAUAGCAAAUUUGAAUAAUGCCUCAUGACUUGACAUAUUUUUUCCAUAAUUCCACCUUAGGAAUCCAUUCCUUGAGGGUUUGAUUUACCCAUGUGGUGGAAUUAAACCUUUAACUGCAUUAAGCAGGUGAGGAAUUAUCCCAGAGUAGCACCAUCUGCCAUUUUAUCUGCUGCACUGGACACCUCCUUAGCUACAUUAUUCUAACAAUACACUAGAGCACACACUAACAUUUUGAUAGAUAGAUACUUUUAAUAUACAUAUAACGUACAUGUUAGUAGUUUAUUAAAGGCAAAUUGUAAAUGAAGAACCUUGGUUUAUAAAUGAAAAUGUGGGAGUUUGAGACUGUGUAUCAUGGAGUUUACUACAAAAGGCAGAUGGACAUAGGGUGAUCAAGAUAUUCUCUCUUCCCUUCUAGAUACAUUGCUCUUUUACCUUUUUUUAAACUGAUAUCACAUGCUAGUUAGAAUGUAAGUAAGUAAGCCUUGUACCCUCACCUAUUUGUUUGUUUACCAUAUUUAUUAUUUUUUACUAAUAUGAGGUUAGAAUAUAAAUACUAUUAAACUUAUAUUUUCUUUGCCAGGAAGCAAAAAUGAUACCUAUUAGACAAAAUGAACUGUCGGUAACGCUGAGGUCCCUGCAUCCUAACACUCUAUAUGAAGCUCGAGUGCGGGUAAACCAAACCAGAUAUCCUAAGGGCCAGUGGAGCAAAUACAGCGAACCUCAUCGGUGGAAAACCCAUCCCGAAGGUGCAUUCUUCAUUCAGCUAGUUCAGUGUAACUGUGUGAGAUGA